UUGAGUCGUCAUAGCUUUUGCAAAAAUGUUAAUUUGACAUCGAUAAUAAAAUAUUAAAAGAGGCUCAAAAAUUAUUUUCUACACUUUUAGUCAUCCUAUAAUUUUACAAAAAUUGCUUCAUCUUCGAACUGCUACAUAGAAACUCAGCCUAGCUUCUCUUCUUAAUUAAUUAUGAUGUUAAUCUUUUUCUUCUAUACUUAGGAUACUACUUAACAAGACAUGCGUUAUCAUAUGAUAGAAUCGUUUUUGUUGAAUCAUGAUUUUAAUUUAUAACAAAGUUAAUUCAACCGUGUAACAAAAUAUUGAAAACAAAUCAUCCAUUACUUGUUUUCAUUGUUAUGGAUCCGGUAAUCUUUUGAAACAACUACAACAACUUACUUUUCCAAGUAAAGAUUGAUUCUUAUAAAUACCUCGCUAUAACCUUAACAAUUCUCAUCAAACACAUUAAUACAUACAUUACAAACAAACAAACAAAAAUCACAAUUGCAUAAGAGAACAUGAAAACAUGCAAGAUUUCAUUUUCUCCUAUCACUAUCUUAGGUUCAUUAUUAUGCAUUAUGGGUUAUGUAUAUGCUCAUGAUUCACCAAAAGACUAUGUUGAUGCACACAAUGUAGCAAGAUCAGAAGUGGGAGAACCAAGUUUGAUUUGGGACGAUUCUGUUGCAGCAUAUGCACAAAACUAUGCCAAUCAACGGCGAAAAGAUUGCCAGCUGAUCCAUUCACAUGGCCCUUAUGGAGAGAACCUUGCAUGGAGUAGCAGUAAUGAUUUUUCAGGUGUAGAUGGUGUGAAAUUAUGGGUAGACGAAAAGGCAUACUUUGAUUACAUGUCAAACUCAUGUGCUGAUAAUCAAAUGUGUGGUCAUUAUACUCAAGUGGUUUGGAAAAACACAUUGCGCGUUGGUUGUGCCAAAGUGAUUUGCGACAAUAAUGGAGGCACUUUCAUUACUUGCAACUAUGAUCCUCCUGGCAAUUACAUUGGGCAGAGACCUUAUUAAAUAA